GCAGCGUUGCGGGAGUUCAGUCUGAAUCAGGCGCUUGGCGAGGAAGGAAGGAAAGGAAGAAAGAAAGAGCGGGUGCUGGAGAAGAGCUCCGCGUUGGAUGAGAAGACCAGAAACGCGGGGGGAAAGGGGAGAGAAGGAAGGAAAGAAAGAAGGAAGGAGCCUCCAUCCCACUCCGCCCCGAGCUGGCGCGCUCUUCCCAUGCGCAGAGGCCACGCCACGCGACCAGCCAUGCGCCCGCCGCCGCCGCCUCGGCUGAUGCUCCUGCUGGUGCUGCUCCUGGCCUCCUCCUGCCCGGGAGUUGGAGGCAGGAAGGCGCUGACCGAUGCUGGCAUGCACAAAGAAUGGCGCUUCCCACAGGCAGCAGCCACCUGAGAAUGACAACUUCUGCCCUAGACUUGACUGGAGAUGCCUCCACUCCUUCAACUGGAACUACACCAAGUGGGUCUGUAGCAGCAGCAGCAGCAACCACAGUCAAGCCCAGCAUUGCACCUUCUGGAAUCCCUGCUUCUUCGACACUCAAACCAACAACUUCAAAAACUCUUCUCGCCACGACGGCCAGUAUGACGACAGCUAAGAGUGUCCCUGCUGCAACCACAAAAGAGACACUGAAAACCACUUUGGUUGCUUCCACAAGAGCACCCGCUGCAUCAGCACCGUCCUCUAUCAACCCACUUUCUGCAUCUGUGUCGAGCAAAACUACUGGGGUGAUGAGUGUCACAACUGCUUCUAAACCUCCCGCAGCCCCACCAACUUCAUCUCCCACUGGCCCAAAAGGAGCAAGUCCAUCCGUUCUGCCAAGCAGUGAUUCAUCUAGCAAAGGGACAACGACGACGAGACCCCCUCUGUCCUCGCCAUCGAAGAGCACAUUAUCUCCUAUUGUCGCCAAAGUGCCAACUAGCCCUGGUGCAACUGCAAGUCACAGGCCUACUACAGCUCCGGGACAUGGUAGCAGUGUUGUGCCUCCGGGAAGUGCCGCUACUACAAAGGAGAAAACGACUGGCCCCACUACGGUGUCCGUUGUGACAACCACCGCAAAGCCAGGGCCUCUAUCACCCAAGGGAUCAGUGCCAACAACAACAGCAACAAAACACGAAGGAAAGAAAGACAGUGCAACUACAUUGGUUCCGUUGGGAGCACCACCGCCCACGCCAGAUUCAACCCAUACGGCUGCCGCAACCACUCGUGCACCAACACUGUCUCCAGAGCACCAUUCUCCACCUCCUGCCAGCGGGACUAUUCAGGCUCCGUUUCAAGCCCAAACAAAGGUUGUUUGUGAGAAGGCGAUUCCAUCUGAAUACCCAGGAAUUAUUCUGACCUUCAAUGAUUCCACACCAUGCAGCAGCCUGGAAGGCAGCCCGCUGAAGGAGCCCCUCCUGCACGAACUCUGCCGGGCCGUGAAGUCCAACUUCAACAAGAGCCGAGAUGAUUGCACGGGGAGCUUCGCCUCCGUCUCCGAUGACCCCAAGAAACUGGCCGUCCUCCGCGUGUCUGUCACAACACACUCUGUAGAUGAUGAAUUAUCAGAAUCUCUGGUCCUUGGAGAACUGGAGAAGCUUGGCCUGACCAACCUAACCUAUGCUGGGAAACCCCUGGACAACGGUGAUGACCCCUUCAGCCUGCCCUUGAUCAUCACCAUCGUCUGCAUGGCGGCCUCUCUCCUCCUCGUGGCCGCUAUCUAUGGCUGUUGCCACCAGCGCAUUUCCCGGAGGAAGGACCAGCAGCGCCUGACGGAAGAGCUCCAAACGAUGGAGAACGGCUACCACGACAAUCCGACGCUGGAGGUGAUGGAGACCUCGGCCGAAAUGCAAGAGAAGAAGGUGAACCUGAACGGGGAGCUUGCCGACAGCUGGAUCGUCCCCAUGGACAGCCUGAUGAAAGAGGACCUGGAGGAGGAAGAGGACACGCAUUUAUAAUCCUAGAAGAGAGACACCGGGAGAGAAGGGAGUCGGAGAGAGAAGGAGAGGAUGAACUUCAUACUAAGCAAAAAAAUUGAAAUUUGAAAAAUGGAAGACUCAAAACUUGCAGCCACAAGUGCCGACACGGAAAGGAAGUAUCGCGGUUACAAGAAAGCUUCACGAUGGGCGUCCGCCGUGGCCGAUUUCGUUUUGUUUGUAAACCUCAUUGGCUUUCCCAGCAAAUUUUUAUGUGUAUGUGUAUAGAUAUAUAUAUAUAUAUUGAAGACAGUGCCUCCUAUUUAAACGUUGGUUAGGACCGUCAGGAAGGUUCAGAACUGAACAAUCCAGACCAGACAAGAAGGGUUAAAAAGGGCUUUUUGUGGAUGCAAAGGGACAUGGAUAGAUUGGCACAACCCACCGGGAGGCUGUCUUUCCUGCCAUCGAUCGAAAGCUGUUUCCUUUUAGGCCUUGUGGUUGCAGAGCGAAGGAAGGGAAUCCCAGCAAUGGAAAGGGUUUUGAGGAUGGAGGUCAGUUCGGUGGGACCAGGGCACAUUAUGCAAAGCUAAACCUUAUAUGCAAAAUGUCACAAUCCGAAGAGUUCGUGCACACAUAACUGGAGCGAUGGCUUUUGACACCUUUCAGGAACCGUUGAAUAUGGCAAUAGGACAGAUUAGUUCAGACCAAGAACGUCAUUUUCUCUUUCUGUUUGCACACUCAGGGACGUGACGGAGGGAAUCCUAGGAAGGCACAUAAAAGAUGUAAGCAAAUGUUCAACUCGGCAUGUUAAAGCCCCACGGAGUCAUUGUAGAUCAGGCACGGGCAAACUUGGGACCUCCAGGUGUUUGGGAAUCAUGGGAGUUGGAGUCCAAAACACCUGUAAGGCCCCAGUUUGCCCGUGCCUGUUGUCAAUGGUGUAGAAAAUAAACUUCUCAUUCCCUUCCAGACCUCUCUUAGAACAGAGGUAGGGCAUUGUUUUCGCAUUUGACGUGUCUGCUGUCAAUGAAGGCCACAGAUAUAGAGCUCAAUUUGCCCUGUCACAUCCCUGAUCUUUGGGCCAGGCUUGAGGUCAUAGCAAAGCAGCAUUUUUGGCAACCUGAGAUUUGUACUGACUGGCAUGCAUGGAUCAACAUGCAUUUGUACAUACAGUCCCAUUUCUGCACUGUGCUCAUAAGUUUUACUGCAGAUUGGUGAUACUCAAAGACCAUAAACCGGUGGCAGUCUGCAGCCAGUCUCCAGAGAAAAGAGGAAUAGGGUUGUUGUAUGUUUUCCGGGCAGUAUGGCCAUGUUUCAGAAGUAUUCUUUCCUGACGUUUCGCCCAUAUCUAUGGCAGGCAUCCUCAGAGGUUGUGAGGUAUCUGAGAAUGCCUGCCAUAGAUGUGGGUGAAAUGUCAGGAGAUAAUACUUCUGGAACAGGGCCAUACAGCCCGGAAAACAUACAACAACCCUGUGAUCCUGGCCAUGAAAGCCUCUGACAACACUAAAGAGGAAUAGUUGUUCUCAGUGGGCACAAAUAUGGUACCAGUCCAUGGCCCAUUGGGAAGAAUAACUGAUAAGUCCUGUCUCGUAGCUUAAGAAGUCCUGAUGUGUAGGUCAUUUUUGUUGCAGAAGGAGGACAGAAUUAAGUACUAAGAGAAUGGAGCAACCAACCUAUGAGCAAAGGUUGUCAUCGUUGUUGUGUGCCUUCAAGUUGUUUCUCGCUUAUGGCAACCCAAAGCUAAACCUGCCACAAGAUUUCUUCAGAGGAGGUUUGCCAUUACCUUCCUUGUGGGAUGUGGGAGAGUGACUUGACCCAAGGCCACCCAACGGGUUUCUGUGGCUGAGAGGCAAUUUGAACCAUUAUCCCAAUCCAACACUCAAACCAUGGUUCUUUAAGGUUACAGUAUUGGGGUCUGUUUCUCUUAGGGCAAAUAAGUGGAGAGAUUAGAAGAGAGAUGUAAAAUUAUGCAUGGCAGGGAGAAGCAAUUCUGCAUCUCAUAAUACUAAAACUCAGGAUCAUCUGCUGAAGGUAAAUAGAUUCAGGAGAGAUAGGGAGGACUUUCUUACACAGGAUGUGGCUGAAACUAAUGGCUGCUCAUUGGGAUGGAUUUAGAUGGAGGUAGAGAACGUUUAUAGCAAUCAUCUGUGAUUUUGAGUCAGGAUGGCUACCUAUUACUUCCAUCAUGAACCUGUAGAUCAGUUCUUGAAGAAGAUGGAAUGGAAGCUGAGGUUACUCAUGGCUGCUGGUGUGCUUCUGUAGGAUCUCAACUGGCUCAAGAUUGAGUCAAAGAGAAGGUUCUGGUCUCACCCAGUAGGACUCUGUUGUUCUGCCAUUCUCUUGGAUCAAUUUGGAGAGAAAAUUCCAGGAAACCCAGAGAAAAUAUAAAUGAUGAAUUAGCCAGUUGGUGGCUUCAUUUUGUUUCACAGCUGGGAGGAUGGAGUUGCCUGUGGAUAGGAAUCAUGUGAGACAAAUAGCAAAUGAGAUAUUCCGUUCUGCCACAGAUCUGUCCAAAGUUAAAUUGCCAACAUUACUGCCUCCUCCCAAAAAAUGUGUUGGGGCCAAAUCAGUAUAAAUUCAUCUAAGAGAAUGACAUUUAAUGUGCCCUCAAAAUAAUUUGCUGUGAUAUUUGAUUUUUAAAAGGGCUCUUUUUAAAGAAGCUACAGCAAUAUCAGCUACCUUUUGCUUUCCGAAGACAAAGAUUUUGUGCCUUUGAGAUGCCCGACUAAUCCAUCAGCCCAUUUCACUGUAUAUAUAAUAAGAAAUCAUGAUAUGCAUUGCAUGGGUACAAACUACUUCUGGGAAGAGAACUUUCACCAGUACAGCAGAAAGGAGAAUUUAAACUCUUCCCUCCCAAGCAUUUUUUCUGAGGAUAAAUUUGGAAAUUAUGGCUGAGGCCGGAGACAUUCGAUUUAACUCCCAAGUAUGUGGCACACCCCAAAUCUCUUCUUUGCUGUUACGUUUUUGUUUUUUUUUAAAGUGGGCUGGAAUUCAGUAUGAGAGUUGUGUCUUUAUAAGUGGAUUUUAUAAGAUAUACAAUUGAGUAUUUUCACAAUGUUUGUAUUCACCUGAGGUUGUUGUGAUGUUACUGCCAUGUAUACUCUUGCAUAAGAUGACUUCAUAUCUAAGUCAAGGGCAUGUUUGGGGGCCUAAAUUAUGGAUUUUUAUAUGACCCACGGAUAAGUUGAGAGUCAUUCCCUGAAGAGGGAAAAGUUCAAGUGGCCCAUGGAUAAAUUGACAGAUUUUGGGGGUCGUUUUUGACUAACAUUUCUAUACUUAUACAUGAUUAUAUAGAUUACUUAGGGCAAUUCAUUCCAUUGCACAAUGGCAGAGUGACUGAUGGCCUAUGGCUCAUGGCACUCCAGUGCGCACCCAGACACCUACACAUUUGAGCUUCAUGCUGUAUAGCUGUUAGUCUGAGCCAAAUAUAGAUUCCCAGCUGUACAGUUCUGUGAAUUAGACACAAGGAACCCGAUGCAAUGUCAAGGCAACAGUUGGAUGAAGUUGGUGCAAAGCCUUUUGAGGUGCACACAAGGCCAGGGAGGUUUUUGAAACCCGCACGCUUUUGAAACAGCGAAGUCAAGUCUACCCGCUGGAGGACUGGUCCCUGUUGCUUUGGGAUCAUGGCCAUUUUAAAUGCACAGGGCAAAGAGAAAGGGAAGUCGUGCUGAAAAGCAGUCACAAAGUCUUUUCAAAUGUUAUGAUUACGUAAUGCUCUUGGUUGUGUUUGUUGCUGCAGACCGGCGGCUUCACUCUCCCCAUAAAACUGGAAAAACAUGAAGUUUGCAUGUUGCGUUCACAUUGGUUAAAUUGAAACUCAGAAGCAGGAGAGCCAGAAAACAGGCCAAGAAGGCUUUAAAAAACCCAAAUCUGUACUAGAAGACCUCUUCUUUAAAAACAGGGGAUUCAAAUGUGCACUGUUUUGUUUUAAUUGUAAGAAUUGUGGCUCUGGGUGUGCAUAAGGAUUGUUCCAAAGACAAGUGUUUGUUGUCUAAGAGAAAUGCAAUUGACCACUAAGGAGACACAGCAGGAUAUUUCAGUUUGUUGUUUCAUCAGAAGAGAGUAUUGUACGCAUUGCUGGAGACUCGCAAAUUCUGCCUCGGCCCAAACCUAGGGAGGCUUCAGGCAUCCCUUUCCAAGGAUGAUUUAAGCCUCAUUAUUGCAUUUGAUAAGGAUUAAGGAUUGCUUAUUUGGUCUUCCCAGCAAAGCCUUAAGGCGACCAAGAGCACAAGUCUGCCUCUUCCAAAUCUCCUGGCAUUGCCUUCUGUCUCCUUGUAUACCAUACAGGAAAGUGUUGCGAAUCUCUCUCUCAUCCGGCUUGCCAAGAAAAAUAUUUCAAAGGGAAGUUGCUCAAAAGGCAACCCAACCCAGUCCCUAUUCAGGAGAGAAAGAUGAAGAAUGUGAUAAAAUUCCUUUAAGCUCCGUUAAUAGAAGACACCAAAAUGGCCUUUUUCGUGAGUCGGCCAAAUGAACAGGGAAAGUGUGAGAUAACAGGAUGGGUGGAUGUCAGAUCGUUCCUUUAUUUUGCAGGGAGAUUUAUGAGAGUCAUUCUGAUUUGAGAAAGUACAAGCAUUUUUUAAGGCAGAGAAAGGGCACAUUUGAUUCCACCACCACAAAUCAAUGGACAAUGAAGCGGUGAUUAGGACAGUAUAGUCGGAUCCUCAAACACUGGCAAAGCCAUGCAUUAAGCAUUUCACAGUGAUUGUUGUGUCAGCGAUGAGAGAAGGAAACAUAGCAUCUUUUUCUUAGCCUGACUGAUGAGCCAGAGCAUCGUCACAGAAAUGUGGCCAUAGAUGCCUUCAAGUUGCCUGUCAACUUAUGACAACGCCAUGAAUUUCAUAGAGUUUUCUUAAGCAAUGAAUUGUUCUGAUAGUUCAUUCCUCUGAAAUACAGCCUAGGGCACCUGGUAUUCAUUAGUAGUUCCCAUCCCAGUACUCACCAGUGCUGACCUUGCUUAGCCUCCAAGAUCAGACAGGAACCUUAUGGGUGUUUAGGUCCAUGUGGCCGUAUCUUCCUGCAUAAAUACAGGUUGUCCUGAUAAUGAGAGCCCAAGACUUGCAGCAUUGCUGAUAUUGGUCCUCUGUAUUAGAAAGAUUUAGAAACAAAUGUGUCUAUAAGAAGGCCACCAAUAUGGCAGAAGAGUCCUGAAGGUAUAUAUUGUCACAAAUGGUGGGCAUAAUUGGGAAGACUUUGCCUUAAAAGGUUUAAGAGACACAUGGUAGUUCACAUUCCCAAAGUGUCAUUAUGAAGAUGGUGAAGACCACUUCUAGUCCUCCUUUCAUUAGCAAAUGAGCAUUAAUGGGUGGAACUUGUAAGGAAAGCAGAGCCCAGCCAUAUUUAAAGGACUUAUUUUAUAACUAUUCAGUAGGAGUGUGUAAAAGCGGAAGGCUAGAGGGCUGUAUUACAUUAAAUUCAGCUCCUACAUUAGACUCAGCUUGAUGGUCAAGAUGCUAAAGAUGUACCCCCAACGAACUGGGAGGUAUUGGGUUUUCCUGCACUUGUCUUUCAAGAGCAGUUCAAGAGUGGAAAGACCCUGCAGUUUGCCCAAGGGUUUAGAAACAUGUGUAAAAAUACUCAAUUUUCUUUCCACUUAUCAAAUUGAGUGGGGAGGCUUGUGCAAAGCCAUGUCAAGUUCUGGUUAAGGCAAUGAAGUUGUCAUCAUGUAGUUUUCAAAACUUUUAUGAAAACAUUAGAUGUCAAUGUGUUGUCGAAGGCUUUCAUGGCCAGGAUGACAGGGGUUUUUCCGGGCAGUAUGGCCAUGUUCCAAAAGUAUUCUCUUCUGACGUUUCGCCCACAUCUAUUAGAUGUCAAUUCCCCAUUCAAGGGUGAUACUCACUGUGAAAUUGAAAUUUGGAAAUCCCUCUAACGCACAUUGAAUGCCCUGAAGAAUUUUUUUUAAUGAUUUUUGGCUCUAAUUUGCUAUUUUCAUUCUCUGUUUUGUACAAAGUGUUUCAGGUCCCAUCUAUCUGUUAGUCCACCACAGUAUGAAGCCAGUGAAAGAGCAAAAUGUGUGAUUUGUGCCCAGGUUGCAAUACAACCUUCAUGUCUCAGCAGGAAGACAUUUGUUCUCUCUCACGUUCAGGGCCAACAUGUAAGUACAAGACUUUGCUGGUCCUCAAAAGAAGACUGUUUUCGUAAUUUGGACUGUGCUAUUAUGUAUGUAUUACCCCUUCUACUGCUGAUUGUAAAAUGUAUUGUACAGGUUUCUGCAGUGCUCUUGUGCACUGAAACAGGGAGUCUACUAUACACUGGAAUUUUAACAAGGAACUGGAUUUUAAAUAUUAUUGUUGCAUUUUCCUACAAAGUAUAUUUUGAAGACACCACUUUAUUUCCAGCAAUAAAGAAAAGCUUCUUUUGUGA